UGGUACUUGGACAGGAAUCAAACCAAAUAAAUUCUAUUUUUUCCGGCAACUCUUUCGGUUGAACUCGAACCUAAGUAAAACCGGCGACAAAUUACUCUGGACCGCCGAGAUCUUACAGACUGAAACGGAAGAAGACAGCUUCAAUUUAUUCCUUUUCAAUCUUUCUCCAUCUGGGCAGUGGAUCACUGAUGGGGAUAAAGCGCACGAGGACUGGUUCGCCUAAUAAAAAUGCAGAGAAACUUUCUGUCCCACCAGGUUUUGCAUCUCUCACAUCCUUUAGAUUGAAAAGAGUAGAAACUAGUGAUAAAACCAGUAUAUUUAUGGAUUCUGCAAGUGCUCCCGUAGGAGAUCAAAUCCAGAUGGAUUCUUCAUUUAAUGAGAUUGAUGCUGAAUCGAUUAAAAGAUCUUUUAAGUAUAGACCAUGGAUGCUCCAGAACAGGGAAAAUCAAGUGGAGUCUUAUUCUGAACAAGUCGUUAUGGAUCUUCCUUGCAGUACCUCCCUUCCAAGAGGGGUUGCCCACGGAUGUCCAGAUUGUAGUAAUUGUCUGAAGGUAAUGGCAAGAUGGCGUCCUGAAGAUGCUAGAAGGGUUGUCCUUGACGAGGCUCCCAUUUUCUAUCCUACUACAGAGGAAUUUGAAGACACGUUAACCUAUAUUGAAGGUAUCCGCUCCAAAGUGGAGCCAUGUGGACUUUGUCGUAUUGUUCCUCCUCCUACAUGGAACCCUCUUUGUCUUAUCAAGAAAAGGAACAUCCGGGAAACAUAUUCUUUUGCUGCAAGAAUCCAACGGAUAGAUGGGCUUCAAAAUCAUAGUGUACAGGAAAAAAAUGGUAGAGUUCAUGAAAAUGGAAGCCGUAAGAGGAGAAACAGCUUUAGAUUAGAUUCUGAUAAUGCACUUGGUGAUGGCGAUCCUGAUCAAGUAGGGUGCUUUGACAUUGAAGGUUGUGAAUCUGAUACUGGUCCUGAAUUUACCCUUGAAACUUUUCAGAAAUAUGCUGAUGAUUUCAAGAGUCAAUACUUUUGUGCUAGUAGUAAAGCUGUCGGUUCAGAUGUGGACCCCACUGUGGAUCAGGUGAGGUGGGAACCAUCAUUGGAUGAUAUUGAAGGCGAGUAUAGACGAAUUGUUGAGAAUCCUACUGAAGAAAUUGAGGUACUUUGUAGCGGAGACUUGGACUCAGGAAUUUUUGGGAGUGGAUUUCCUACAAAAUCUCGUUCCUUAAAUGUGCCUGAUAAUCAUCAUUAUAUAACUUCAGGAUGGAAUUUAAACAAUACACCUAGGCUUCCAGGCUCUCUUCUUUCUUUUGAAAGUUUUAAUUCUUCUGGUGUUCUAGUGCCUCGAAUAAAAAUAGGAACUUGCUUCUCAUCAUUUUGUUGGAAAGCCGAAGAGCAUCACUUGUACUCCCUAUCGUACGUGCAUUUUGGUUCCCCUAAAAUAUGGUAUGGCAUUCCAGGAAGAUACAGUGCUAAAUUUGAGACUGUUAUGAAGAAACACCUUCCGAAUUUGUCCGCGGAACAGACAAAAUUGCAGGAUAGACCAAUAUCAAAACUAUCCAUCUCAGCAUUGAAGUCUGAAGGCAUACCAGUUUAUCGCUGCAUUCAGUAUCCUGGGGAGUUUGUUCUGGUCCUUCCAGGAGCAUAUUAUUCAGGUUUCGAUUCUGGCUUUAACUGUUCCGAAGCAGUGAAUAUUGCUCCGAUUGACUGGUUGCCACAUGGGCAGCAUGUAGUAGAACUCUACUGUGAGAAGAGGAAAAAGACAUCAAUCUCCUAUGAUAAGAUGUUGUUGGGUGCAGCGAGGGAAGUUGUACGAGCACAGUGGGAAAUGUCACUGUUGAGGAAGGUAACUCCAGAAAUUUUAAGAUGGAAUAGCGCCAGCGGAAAGGACAGUAUUUUAGUAAAAGCACUGAAGUCGCGUAUCGAGUUGGAGAGCAAUAGAAGAGAGUAUCUUUGUAACUCUUCUCAGUCACGGAGAAUGGACCAAAACUUUGACGACACAAUCAAAAAAGAAUGCAGUAUAUGCUUCUACGAUUUACACCUUUCUGCUGCACGGUGUCAGUGUUCUGCUAGCAGAUACUCAUGCCUCAUUCAUUCGAAGCAGCUAUGCUCUUGUGCUUGGAGGGAAAAGAUCUUUCUAUUCCGCCUUGAAAUUAGAGAGUUAAAUACUCUUCUGGAAGCUGUAGAAGGAAAACUAAGUGCAGUCUACAAAUGUGCCAGAGAAAUUUUUGAACUCUCUCUAUUCACUUCCAUCUCUGAAGUUACUUUGCAAACAAGAACGCAUAUAGGUGAUCUAGGUUUACAUGCAAAAGAAGCAGAAGAGAAAGAGCACAAAUCGAAAAAGGCAGGGAGACCCAGUAGUACUGCUUUACGUAUCAAGCAAGAAUUGAAGGCACGAAUGCUGCUAUCAGGAUCGUUGGAUGCACAGAACCAGAAGCAGAAAUCUUCAAUACCUACAUUCGCUAUAGAUGAAACUGCAGCAGGUGAUGUUUUGAUAUCAUCGUCUGAAAGUUCUUCGUCAGAAUCGCUGGAAUGUGAUAUUAGCAAAUAGCUUCUAGAUAUCUUUUCAUUUACCUUUAUCACUUGGUUUUGCAAAUGUAUGCUAGUUUCUACAAAGUAAAAUUAACUUUUUGUAUAAUCUCUUUUCCAUUUUUAAUCAUUAUCUAUCAGUUCCCAG